AUUUCUCGUCCAACCUCCUUCCCUUGCCUCCGCUGCACAACUGCAGACCGUUCCUUUUUCAGUCCGUUUACUUUGGCCUCCUAUUUAAUCGCCUCCCUCCCGCGUUCUGCGACACUGGUCCGGCAUCCUUUCAUUUCAUUCCCGCACCCCAGUUUCACGCCUGGGUCGCUGACGUUGCCUCGAAUUGUCACCCAGAACAUCACGGUUACAUCCACCUUCACCUAAUGCGACCCAAACCAUGUCGACCACCACAACCACCACCGCUCUAACAUCCACCACCCUCAUCGGAACGCUGCCCGCCAUGGCAAGCGCCGCCGCCCUGGUCUCAGGAAAGACUUGUCCUACAUGCGGACAAGAUGGAUUCAUAGCUGCCGGUCAAUCAGCAGACGAUUCCCGCCGCCGAGUCAAGGACCUCGAAGGCGAAGUGAACUCUUUGAACAUUCAAGCAUCACAAAUGGCCGAGAAACUGGCCGCAUAUGAAGAAGAGAUCCGACGGCUGCGAUCGCAGCCCAACUCCCGGAACGGUUCCUCCGUAUCGUCCACCUCGUCGACGCAAGACCGAUCCCUAUCUCCUACUCAGCUCCUGACAUCCCCGAAAUCACAACCAGGGCGACUCUCUACCCUCGCCUCCUUCCUCCCGUCUCGUCGACCCAGCGCUACCAGCUCGACGCAGGCCCUGUCGGUCGUCUCUCCCCCACCCCCGCCCCCGCCCCCGCAGAACACUAGCCACGAGGAGACAGUGGAGUUACAGAAUGCACUGGAUCGGGAACAGAGUUUGCGCAAGGCUGCGGAAAGCCAAUUGUCGCAGGCGAGCACGGAAUUGGAGGAGUUGACGGCGCAGCUGUUCAGCCAGGCCAACGAGAUGGUGGCGCAGGAGCGCAAGGCACGUGCGAGAUUGGAAGAACGGGUAGCAGUGCUGGAGCGUCGAGAUGUCGAGAAGCGGACUCGACUGGAGCGCUUGGAGAAAGCGAUGGAGAGAGUGGAGCGGAUUCGCGCGCUGGUUGGGUAGGUGCAGCGUGCAUAAUGUUUGUGUGGUUUGGUUUCGGUUCCCUUCCUGUU